AUGGCGCACCCACAUUUCCUCGGUCUACCCCUCGAAGUUCGAACAGAGAUAUACGGUCACCUCCUACCCGUCAAGUCUGAGCCAGAGUCUCCAAAUUACUCCCCGCAAUCUCCGACCUAUUCUCCACCUUACCCUGGUUUCUCUCCAACUUCUCCUCGAUAUUCUCCAACUUCUCCCCAGUUUUCUCCAAUUUCCCCUCGGCCUUCUUCCGUGCACUACGUUCCAACUACCCCUUCUGCGCCCCUCAUCACGGACAGCCUAGAUGAAAAUCCAGUCCUUUCUGCAGAGGCCUCAACCUCUUCUGCGCCUCCGACAAACUCGGCUACGAUAGUAGAUACACAUGUUCCUUCAAUUCCAGUAUCUCUACCUCUUGAUGACUCAAAUACAACAUCCCACCCGACAGCAUACUCUCCCAUUGAUCUAAGCUCCCCUAACGAUGAGGGCACUCCCCCAAUUCAUUCCCCGAUCGGAAGCCCUAGCGCCCAGCGCACCAGCGCACCACCAUCUACUCCCACCUCUUUCAAGCGGAAGUUGAAACUAAAAAUGCCUGAAAACCAACCCCCGCCAGAAGAUCAGACAUUCUCUAUUCUCUACGUAAACAAACAGAUACACUCCGAAGUAAAAGAGUUCCUGUACAGGCGCCACCCGAUCAAAAUCACGAUCGAUCUUAACGGCACCACCUCCAACAAGGGUACGAAGGCGUCUUUCGAGGUGGUCUACUCAUCGCCAUGGGAGAGUCUCGAAUACAAACACAUAAUUGACUUGGCCGCAGAUACGAGGGAGAAAUAUUAUGUCGGUCGGAGGCCUUUUGGCGUAGAUGCCCAUAAAUCGCGAAUCUUCUCAAAAGAAGAAUACCUGGGACUUCAACAACCCGGGGCGAUAUACGCACCACAGCCGGAGUACCGACAAUUCAUCCGUCGGGUACAGAUCGAAGUCAAAGAAGGUCGUGAAAAUAACAGUCCUUAUAGAAACAAAGAUCUUAAGGAAUUGAAUGAAUCCGUAACAGUAGAUUCUCGCUUGUUAUUACUGCCCAUCUUAUGGCGAUUGAGGCAGGUAUUGAAUGAUUAUACAACUGUGGAUAUAAGCGUGUUUAUGACGGAUGGAAAAUAUUGGGAGUAUAUGUGGGAAGACGACGAUGAACCGUGGAUAGAAUCUCACAGGCGAACGAUUGAAACGGCGUACUUGCUUACCCGUGGUCCGUGGAAGCAUACAAUGAAUCUAAUGCCAAGUCCCGGGUGCGACUUUCCCGUACUAGAACAAGAGAUGCUCUUGAAAUGCGAAGGAUACCCAGAAUAUCAAGAAACCACGAUACAAGAAGCAAUCCGUGAGUUGAAAGUCGGUGUUCCCGAGGAUUCGUGGUGGGGUUUUAAAUAUGGGAAAUUGACACUUUUUGAUCCAAAUUUCGUGCCUCCGCGUUCUCCGGUGUAUACGUUGGAGAAUGGGGUUCUUGUUUCUCCUGUGUAUGAGACUGAAGGGAGGGUUCGGAGACAUCAAAAUCCGUACUGUACUUGUCCAUUGAGUCCUUAG